AUGUCGUCGCUGUGGUUCUCUUAUUGUCAGUACUCAUGGAUACGAAAGCUGCAGCUGUUAAAUCUCGAAGAAAAUUGUGGGAAAGAAGAUGAAGUCUAUCUUGUGCAGGUACCGCGUGUGUUUCGGUAUUUGACAGCGGAGUUAGCCGCAAUGAACAUUAAAAUUCACCUUGGAAUCACAGAUUUCGCCAAAGUUGCGAGAGCCUAG